AGUCCGCCUGUGUUUCUACUCAAAGGAAGUUAAUUUAAACUAUGGCGGGCUACGGUCAAACUACAGUGCUGCAGCUGCUCAUGUGAUAUUUCUGCAAUUCAACAUGAUAUUAUCAUGGCAGCAGGUUGAUGUUGCUGAGAAGAUCAAAUAAGUCAUUUCUUUUGGGGUUUGGGCUAUUUCAUGAUUGUAAUUAAAAGAUAAAAAUGAUUACAAACGCUUUGAAGUUUACAGUGCAUAGUUAUCGAGUAUUAAGAAAUUAUCAAAAAUACUCCAGUUUGAGUUGUUUCACACCAUCUGUGAAAUACAAUCAUCAUAAUUUUUACUAUGAACAGAGAAGAGGAGCUCACAAGAAUGCUGACGAAUGUCCACCUCCCAAACGUGGAAAAGCGAAGUACUUUUUUGCUGGAACUGUCCUGCUUACAUCGGCUGUCAUCGGUUACGCCAAGUAUGAUCCCGAAUUCAGAGGUCUGCUGAAUGAGUAUGUGCCAGGAUCUGAUGACGCCAUAGCGGUCAUCUUCCAGGAGAAAACCUCUUUCCUAGACUACAUAUCCAAAGCAUUGGAUAGUGUCACGUUUGGAGUAUUAGAUUCGGUGACAUCCCUGUUCAGUGGCACUAGUACUCCCGAAGAGAAAGAGAAGAAGAGAGUGGCUGCAUUGCCUCCUUGUGAUGAAGAACAAAAGCCGUACAAACCACCCAGGUCUGCAUUCAAGCCUCUACUAGAUGAGGAGAAGAAAGACGACAUUGUUAAGUAUUCCGAAAGGAGGAAAUUGACAGCGCCAAAACCACCUGAAACUGAACCUAAGAUUACUACAAUGACUGCUGGAGCAAAACCUGUAGAGAAGAAGGAAAGCAAAUCUGUGGAUAAACAGGACAAAGAAUCGUCGCAAGCAGCCAGUGAUGCAGUCGCCACCCACCCUCACAACUUGGUUGAACUCGAAGAAAAGAUGGGCAGCGCAGCCCAAGUAGCGAUAAAAGCUUACACCGAUGCGAUAUGCGUACUUAGAGAUCAGGCCGAAGAUAUUUACAAGCUAGUUGAAGAAUCAGUAGAAAAGGUUGACCCAAAAAUAUGGCCCCAGAUCAAAGAGAAAUCUCUUGAGAAAGAAAAGCUGGUCAAGGAGGCUGAAGUCAAUGCCAGAAUUGCUGAGCAGACAAUAAAUAAGCUGAAAGCUUCCAUUGAGAAUCCGAAACUGCAAGCUCCAGCUGAAAUGAAAGAAAAGGCCAAGAAAAAUAUGCAAAAAAUUCUGAAGGAUGUUGCUGAGGCGAAAAAGGUUUUCGAAAAAGAGAAAAUGAAUGCAUCCGUUACCGACAAAUACUGGGGUAAAGUAGAGGAGGCUCGAAAAUAUUUCUCCGAAGAGCUGGAAAUUCUGUUCCCGAACGUUCGGUUGAGUGAAAAGCAGUUGAAGUUGACAGAAGGCGAAAUCGAUCUUUUCAUUCUAUAUGCUUUCCAAAACAUAUUGUAUUAUCAAAAAGAGCUAUCCAAACUCGAUACUCUGGGAGAAAUGAGAAUCAAAUCGGCUGUUGAGCAGUCGAAAUCGGGUGACCCUGACAUCGUGAAGGCGGCUGUGGAAGCUGAAAUCGAAAAAGAACGAAGAAAAAUUGUUGAAGAUUUCCAGAAAAGAACGCUGAAUCUGAGAGCAGAAUGUGAGCGAGACAUCAGAAUUCAACUGAAGAGACAGGCUGAAGCACACAGCGAUCAUUUGCAAGAGGCAAUGGCCCUCAAAGAGAAGGAGGUUGAGCGAAGGCUGCAUAGGAAAGUAGAGGAGAAAAUCAUCGAAGAGAGGACUAAGUUUAAAGAGGAACUGGCUGGCAUGGUCGGGCGGCUAAAAGGAUUAGAUGAAGCCAUCAAAAGUGAGUCACUUUUAUUUUCAGCUAAAGAUCCUCUCGUGGAUGCCGUAAUCGUUUCAAUUCCGAAAGAAGCGCUAGACAGAGGUGUCUACUCGCAGGAUGCUCUGCGGGAGCGCUUUUUGAAGGUGGAGAAAGUGGCUUCGACUGUGGCCCUCGUUCCAGAGCAAGGAGCUGCGUUACCUCUAAUUCUGCUCUCUUAUUUGCAAAAUUUCUUCAUCAUCAAGAAUCCAAUUCCGAUCCCCGCUUACGAAUUAGCAAAUGAACCAAUCGAUCCGUCGGCACUGAAUACUUACGAUAUUCUACAACGUGCAAGGUAUUGGAUGGAACGCGGGGACUUUGCUCAAACUCUGCGCUACAUGAAUCUGCUGAAGGGCGCUCCACGCGCAAUCGCAAAGGACUGGAUCAAAGAGACUCAGAUCAUGCUGGAAACACUGCAGGCCGCCAACGUGUUACUCACACAUGCUUCGGCAUCCGGUCUAGUCUAUUCAUGAGUUCCUUCUGUCAAACUUAAAUUUAGGCAGUUUAUUUAUCAAUUCUUCUGUAAAUAAUUACAAAGUCACAGACUAUUUGAUCUUCUCAUGCAUUCAAACUUUCGGACUUGAUCAAAUUUCUCCACCAAACUAUUUUAUUAGGAACCAGUAAAUUAUUGUGCAUUCCGUCAUAGAAACCACAACUUGUUGAUUUUUUGUUGGCAAUAAAGUAUUACUAACAUUCAAAAUUUCA